GAAGAAUUGUCCAAUCCAUAAAACGUAUGACUGAUUGAAUUGGAACAGUAAAGUUUCUUUAUAAUUUCAAGAUAUAUAAAUGGAAAAUUCAAGAAAUAUAUGUUAUAUAUAAUGGCAGUACCGAUUGACUGACUGACAACUGCGCUGAUGAAAGACUUUUGGACUAAUAGUCAACCAGCAGCAAUAUUUACCCUGUGCUUAUAUAAUAAAACUAGGCUGAGAACAUCUGAGGGAUGUCAUUUUAAAAAUUAAUGAGUUCUAUAUUGGAAUUCAUUUAACUAACUAGUUCGAAUGGUACCCUUUUCUAUAUAGAAACAAUUGAAAGAACCAUAAUAGUCGUGUUUAAAAGUACAUAGUGUGAUCUAAGUUAUUUAUACCUUCCAGGAGAAUUGCUAACUUUCUGAUCGAUUGCUUUGUCUGUUGUCGACAUUAACCUUUUCGCUGAAUAUUAGUUAUGUUGUCACAGUCUAAAUUAUUUCAUAGAGCUACAAACACCCAUGUGAUAUCGUAUAGUUCAUUUUGAAUUAUGUAUAACAUGUAAAUUUUAUACUAAAAAUAGAUUUGAGAUAAAUAGUUAUCAAGAGGAGUAAAACGACGAACAUUGUUGACCAAAAAUUAGGUAUCUGAAGACUCGAGAUGAAUAUUGGAUCAGUUUACAGAUUCACUGAGCCUUUUAAGCUUUCAGAACAAAUGUACAAUGACUAUCAUGAAAAUGGAUAUCUUAUCAUACGGAAUAUGCUUGACAAAGUGGAGAUUAACAAAAUUGAGAAAUGUGUGACCGGAGAGAAGUUUAUGGAGAACAAAUACUCGCUAGAAGAUAAGGAUAAUAAGAUAAUACGAGUGGUUUGGAGACAUCCGGGUACUGACGUCACUGGAAUUGUAUCUAGAUCAGAGAAGAUUGUAAACAGUUGUGAAAAGUUGCUUGAUGGUGAAGUGUAUCACUACCAUGCUAAGUUAAUUAUGAAGGAACCUGAAGUGUCUGGUCCUAUAUACUGGCAUCAGGAUUACGGCUAUUGGUAUCAUUACGGUAACCUUUUUCCUGACUUGCUGACUGUUUGGGUUGCAGUUGAUCCCAGCACAAUAGAAAACGGAUGUCUGGAGGUUUUAGCAGGAUCCAAUAAAUGUGGACGGUUAGAUCACCACGUUGAUGAUGGACAAAAUCAAGUUGCCGAACUGUCACGUUUAGAAUCUAUUAAGGAGAGAUGCCCUCAUGUGAAAGCUGAGAUGGAGAAAGGAGAUGUUUUGUUCCUCCAUUCCAAUACACUACACUACAGCAGUCCGAAUCGUAGUAAGAUGAGAAGGAUUGGAUUCCUGAUGUGUUACAACAAAGCCUCUAAUGAAUCCGUCAUGGAACAUCAUCAUGCUCAAUAUACCCCCAUACAGAAGGUGCCAGAUUCUGCAAUCAAGGAAUGUACCAAUUUUACAGAUAUGUCGGGAAAGGAAUUUCAACAUCCAAAUACAAAUACAACAAUGAUUGGUAGGAAAGAUCAAUCUCACUAACAUAUACGAUUCUUUUGGGAUAACGUGUGUACGUUCAUAUAGUUGGAUGCAUAAGGAGAUUUUUUUGCAAAUCAUUAGAUGGAAUACAUAUUGUCGAUUAAAAAAAAAUGAAUACAUGAAUAAAAACGUUAUUUCAUUAAUAUGGAUUCAUCAAUAGAACUAGUUACUAGUUUCAUUGAUCAUAAAACAUAUAUUUAGUAAACCAUUUGUCAUAUUCGGCUACCACAAUCUAAAUGUAGUAGACAGACAAAUGGCAUUAUAAUAUUUUCUUCCAUUCGCUUUUGUUAUGUGUCCAAAUAACAAAUUAGGAUAUUAAGGUUUCUAGAAACCUAUUAUAUUAAUAUCUGUAUGCUCAUGUAUCAUGCUGCCAGCGACGAAGACAGUGUAAAGGAGAGCUUAAAUUGUACAAGUAUACUCUAUUAAUCUUAAUGUAGAUUAAUUCUCGCAAA